UCGUUACCGACAUUUUAAUUAACCUGUGAAUUAAUCUCCAAAAUCUGAUUUAAUCUGCUGCUGAAAUGUUUUCAUUCAAUUCGAUUCCCUUGUUGGCUUUGUUGAUGAUUGUCGCAACAACAACAUCAUGUUAUUCAAUGGAAAUAAAUUCAUUGGUAUAUGAUGGUGGUAAUGAAUCACCAAUCGGUUGGUUAGCUGAUCUAUCAUUGAAACAAUAUCUUAAUGAUCUUAACACCGGACUCUCAUCAUCAUCAUCAUCAUCAUCGACAACGGAAACAAAAAUACCAAAUCGUAUUAUUAACGGUGUUGAAGUUGAACCAGGUGAAGCACCAUUUAUGGCACAAUUAUUUCGUAGAUUUUUAUUUAGUAAUCGAUUUCUAUGUGGUGGUUCAUUGAUUACAUCACGUACAGUAUUAACAGCUGCACAUUGUGUUAAUUAUUUUACAAAUUAUCGAAUUCGUUAUGGAAGUAAUAGUCUGUUAUGGUCACAAUAUCCAGAUGUUGAAGUAAAAAUGAUGAAACCACAUCCAAAAUUUGAUUUAUCCACUGUACAAAAUGAUAUUGCAUUGUUUAUAUUGAAAAAUCCAAUUAAACCUGGUUCAAAUGUUCAAACAAUUGAAUUAGCAGAUCAAGAAAUUUCAGCCGGUACAAAUGCAUCAUUAUAUGGAUUUGGAUUAACCGAUGGUAAUGGUAAUCAACCGGCAACCAAAAUGCAAAAAACAACAUUAAAUGUUUUGAAUGAAACCGAAUGUUCGGAAUAUAUUUCCAAACUGAAUAUUAGAAAAACACCCGGAAUGUUUUGUGCAUCAGCACCAAAUCGUUCUGCUUGUAAUGGUGAUUCAGGUGGACCUUUAAUCAAUACUGAAAGUAAAAAACAAAUCGGUAUUGUUUCAUUUGGUACUAGAUAUUGUCCAGCUGGUUCAAUAAAUGUUUUUACAAAUGUUUAUUAUUAUAAAAAUUGGAUUGAAAAGAAUAAAGUCGAGUGAACAACUUGUAAAACUAAUUUGAUUAAAAUAAAAAG